AUAGUUGUUCUAUAUUUUCCUGUUUUUUAGUCCAAUUUAAUAAACGUUUACGCGAAUUUUCUCGAGUAUCAUCUAUUUCGAUAACAUGGCACCGACAAUUCAAACUAAUGGGAGUACAUCUGAAAGAGAUAAACGAACAACAAGACCAGCAGAGAAAAGAUCCGAAUUAAUAUGUAGAGUUAAAUAUUGUAAUACACUUCCUGAUAUUCCAUUUGAUCCUAAGUUUAUCACAUAUCCGUUUGAAUCAACUCGAUUUAUUCGAUAUAACCCCACAUCAUUGGAACGUAAUUACAAAUAUGAAGUUUUGACAGAACAUGAUUUAGGUGUUGAAAUAGAUCUUAUAAAUAAAGAUACCUAUGCUGGAGAUGUUAAUGCACAGUUAGAACCUGCUGAUGAAAAGCUUCUUGAAGAAGAUGUUCUUACGCCACAAGAUUCAAAAAGAUCUAGACAUCAUGCCAGAAGUGUUUCUUGGCUUAGACGUACUGAAUAUAUUUCUACAGAACAAACUAGAUUUCAACCACAGACAGUUGAUAAAGUUGAAGCUAAAGUUGGUUAUAGUAUUAAGAAAAAUUUUAAGGAGGAGACAUUAUAUAUGGACAGAGAAAGUCAAAUAAAAGCAAUUGAAAAAACAUUUGAAGACAAUAAGAAACCAAUUGAUAAACAUUAUAGCAAACCAAAUGUUGUACCUGUUGAGAUUUUACCUGUAUAUCCUGAUUUUAAGUUAUGGAAAUACCCUUGUGCUCAAGUAAUAUUUGAUUCCGACCCUGCACCAACAGGACGUUCUGUCCCUGCUCAGAUAGAAGAGAUGUCCCAAGCAAUGAUUCGGGGCGUCAUGGAUGAGAGUGGUGAACAAUUUGUAGCAUAUUUCUUACCUUUAGAAGAAACAUUAGAAAAACGAAGGAGAGAUUUUGCUGCUAGUAUUGACUAUGCAGAUGAAGAAGAAUAUGAAUAUAAGAUGGCUAGAGAAUAUAAUUGGAAUGUUAAAAGCAAAGCAUCUAAGGGAUAUGAGGAAAAUUAUUUUCUUGUUAUACGACAAGAUGGGGUAUAUUAUAAUGAAUUGGAAACUCGUGUACGACUUAGUAAACGCAGACAGAAAGCUGGUCAACAACCAAAUAAUACACGAUUAAUUGUGCGUCAUCGACCAUUAAAUGCUAAUGAAUUCAAAAUGCAAAGAUACAGAGAAAAACAAUUAGAACCUCCAGGAGAAGAAGAUGAAGAUGAAGAAGAGGAAGAGGAAGAGGAGGAAGAAAUGCAGCAGGAAACUGAAAAAGCAGAAGAGAAAGCUGACUCCGAAAAUGAGAGCGGUUCGCGCGCAUCAUCCAGAGCAUCUUCUCGUGUUUCCAGCAAAAGAUCUCAUACUCAAUCUCCAUCUCCCUCUAAAUCUGGUUCAAGAUCCAAGUCACAUUCACGUUCUCGCUCAGCAUCAAAGUCUUCAUCUCGUUCUCGUUCUAGAUCGCGAUCAGAGUCACGCUCCCCAUCUAAAUCACGUAGUAGAUCAAAAUCAAGAUCUGAAUCACCUCAAUCGAGAAAUUCUUCUCGAUCAAGAUCUCGAUCCAAAUCACAAUCAGUAUCGAGAUCUCGAUCUGGUUCUCCUGUUAAAUCACGAUCAAGAUCGCGAUCAAGUUCAAAAUCCAGAUCGAGGUCACGAUCUCAUUCAAAAUCAAGGUCUGCAAGUGGAAGUGGUAGUGUUUCUGGUAGUGGUAGUGCUGCAAGUGGUUCUGAAAGUGAAUAAGUAAAUGUUACGAAAUAUAUAAACAGUGAUUCUUAUGCCUGUAUCAGUAUUUUUAUUCACGCUUGUGAAGUCUCAUUCAAUGGUUUUCAGAAUUCAUUAUUUAUAAUAGUACAUUAAAAAGUAAGUGUAAUAAGUUUUAUAAAAUUUUGUUUAACUUUCAACAUAUUUCCAAAUGCAUUUCAAAUUGUGGAUUUUGUUCAAUUUACUAUAAAUCAUGUGAAAAGUGUUAAUAAUGUAUAAUUAUGCCUUUUUGGAAGGACAUGAUAUCUAAAAAGUUCGAAAAUUUGAAUGUCAUAAAAAUCAAUUUAUUGUUUCUGUAUUGUUUCUAUAUAUGUGAGAUAUCACAUAACUUUAUAAUAGGUUUUGCCUAUUAUUCUUUUUCUUAAAACCUCAAUACAUAACCACAUGAUUCGCAUCACUAUUGAUAGUAACAAACAAAGAAGAAGAAGAAAUGAUAAUCAUAGUAUUUGCAAGGGAAAAUUCUCAACCCAGAAAUUGUCGAAUACUCUGUGACAACAUACGUGUAAUGCGAACAAUAUACUGUACAGGGUAAUUUAUAAAUGCAUGUCAAUACUUUAAGGAAUCAGUCUACAUACUAAUAUAAAUGAAAAAUGUCAUAUGAA